AGAGGAAACGAGCAGCGGCAGGCAGUUUGCUGGCUCUGGGUUACCUCGGGGAAGUUUUAUAUUGUUUAUAUCCGUUUUUUUAUAAAAAUUUAAUACCGUGUUUCCUAGAAACUUUUAAUACUUUGGUACACUGGUUUUGACAUUUUCUAACAACGAAACCUGGCAAGGAUUGGCUGUAGCUUGCUAGCUUGGAAACACUGGAUUUUUUUCCCCCUCUCCUUUCGACAAAGGCUUCUGAUGAGCCAGCGAAGACACUGAACAAGAUAAUAAUACGACGUUUUUAAAGUACCAUCCAGUGUAGUAAUAACCGAUGCACUGUCUUCCCUGUAUUUAAAAGCGACCGGCCGUUGCUGCUGUUUGCAAAGCUAACGUUGAACGCUGAAGGGAGCAUAGCUAACGUUAACUGCAGCCAGCCUCAGGAGAGAAUGACGGCUGUUCAGCUGAUAAAUAUCCAACGGUUACUGGAGGCUGCGGAAUAUAUAGAGAGGAGAGAAAGAGAGUGUGAACACGGAUAUGCUUCGACAUUUCCGUCAAAUCAGAACACAAACUACCAGAGGCAAAGAAAAUUCCGAAAUAAGAAGUUCAGCAGUAACCACAAUAGGUCCACACAUAAUGAGCUGGAGAAGAAUAGACGAGCUCACCUGCGGCUGUGUCUGGAGCGGUUGAAGGCCCUCAUACCCCUGGGACCUGACUGCAACCGCCACACCACCCUGGGCCUGCUCAACAAAGCCAAAGCACACAUAAAGAAACUUGAAGAGGCGGACAGGAAGAGCCAGUACCAGCUGGAGUCUCUGGAGCGUGAGCAGAGGCACCUCCAGCGCCAGCUGGAGCUGCUGAGAGGAGGCAGCGGUGCUGCAGCCCAGAGCAGCCCAGGAGAGGGGGAGAGGAUACGCAUGGACAGUGUGGGCUCCACCCUCUGCUCCGACCGCUCUGACUCUGACCAAGAGGAGAUCGAGGUGGACGUGGAAAGCACGGAGUUCUCCCAUGGAGAGCUGGACAGUGUGAGCACAGCCAGCACCAGCGACCUGGAUGACCACAGCAGCCUGCAGAGCAUGGCCAGUGACGAGGGCUACUCCUCCUGCAGCGUCAAACUUGCCUUCUCCUCCUAGAGCCCCACUACCGCCACCACCUCCCCGCCAAACCCACCGGCCCUCCCAUCUGUUUACCCAUCCAGCCAUGCCUACAUACAUAUACCUAGUCACCUCAGGCGAUGGCCAGGCCCCUAGCUAACGGCAUUCCCGUCACUCUGAGCAGCGGCCCCUUCCUCCUGCUUCUAGCCUUUUAGUUGCCCCCAAUACCGACACCAGGGACCCAAACACAGUGAUGUGAGACUGUCAACUGGUUUUGAUCUUCCUGUAAAGGGAGAUCAGAGACUUGGUUGAUACAAAAAAAAAUCAUAAAUCUUCUUAAUUUUUAAACCCACAAUGAACCACCCCAAAAUGAAUGAUUGAUUUUAUUUUAUUUUAUUUUAUUUUAUUUCUUUUCUUUCCUCGAACCGUCAAAUCUCUGAAUUUUUUUAAAAGAUUCACAAUCCCUAAUUUGAUCCAAAAUGCACUUAAAUUCACAUAAUAUUGAAAUAAUUCAGAGUUUCUGUUCGGUUCUGUCUCCUGUGGGUGCAUGUGUGUGUUGAGCUGAUCCUGUGUAUCCCAUCUUAAUGUUCUGGUGUUGGGCCUGGAUAAACGGGAGCACAUCUAAUCUGGACUUUAAUGAACACUGUGGGUGAACUUUGCCAUAUCAACACAGCUUGGUUCCUGAUAAACAUCCCUCCAGCCCUGAGUUUAAUCUUUGUCUUAUUGUUUUUUCAUUACAUCUGCUCGACACCGCAGAAGCUCGGACACUCCAAUUGGUGCUAUUGUGAAACAAACCAACGGGGAAGCAGAUCAGAUCCACCACCACUAAGCUUGUAAAGCAAACAAAGCGUGUCUGCCGUGAUUGUUUCCAACCAAGCAUGGAGGAAAACAACCACAAAAAAAUGGAGGAAAAAAAAAAACAUUCCCGUCGAAUGUGGGUGCUCAGUGCAUUUUCAAAGAGUGGAAAUUGUAACUUUGUGUGUGUGUUUUGUUUUGGUUUCUUCCCCCUCGACAAGCAGCUACAACAAGCCAUCCUGCACUUGCCUACUUUAGAGCUGUCCAUAGAAACGGCACAAACCAAGACAUAAAAAGAAUUAAAAUAAAAAAAAAACAAAACACAAAAAACAGCAGCAACAAGGAAAAAGUCCAAACAACAA